CCUCCGGGGGUGUUCAUUGAAUUGACACUGUGGCCGAGCUGGGGGAGAGGAAAGGAGGGAGUACGGGAUGAUCACAGCCAGCCAAGAUGGCGAGGCAACGAGUGGGCUGAGAGGUCGUUUUUCUGCGUUUUUUUUUCUCCACACGUAGUGUUCCUCGCAUGAUCUCCGCACAGCCGUGAAGUGGCGUAUUAUGUCCUCGUACACGUUUUCCCAGAGGCUGUUCACGCCGACGCCACCAGAGCGGGGCAGCUUCCCGUUGGACCAUGAGGGCCGUUGCAAGAACACCAUGAUCAAGUACAUGCGCUGCUUGGUCGAGAAUCGCAAUCAGAACACGAUGUGCCGCGACGUCGCCAAGGAGUACCUCGGCUGCCGCAUGGACCACGAGCUGAUGGCGCGCGAGGAAUGGUCCAAGCUCGGCUUCGCCGACGAGAUCAAGGACACCAAGGAAACGUAACGUCGAUAUCGUUCUCCGAGAGUAGAUUACCCCGAGAAGGAGGGGUCCAUCGUUGCCAUCGUCGACAUCGUUGUCAUUGUUACUUGUUCCUCUCUCGAGAGUGCCCGAUGCACUUCCUCAUCUAAUCGGUGCUCUUGGAACUUUCAAUGUAAAUAAAAUGUCAGACAACAGUUCGGCGAUUUUAGUGUGUUCAAACAAGAAUACGCACUGCCAGGAGUAACAAAGACUUCCUCCACGCGAGUGUGUUGAGAGAUAAUAACAGUAAAAACAAUAGGUUUAAGAGGGAGACCAAGUAAGAAGAGAAAGAAACUGAACAAUAUUAAAAAUUCGCGUAUCUAUCUUUUAUUUUCGUAAGAAGAAAGAUUGAAAAUUAAGUUAUAUAUAGCUCGACACUUGUUGGAUCGGGCUUGUCAAAGCUUUAAUGUAAAGGCAUCCUCGUAGCUUGUUGUGGCUGAAUUGUGUUGCAACCCAAGUGGCCUAAGAGAAUAAAAAUAUUCCA